AGACUUUAGAUUCCUAGGGUCUUGUACCCUCAUCUAAAAUCCAAAGAAAGUGAUUUCUCCUUAUAUAAAUUAUCCACGUUUUGAUUGUGUCUCAAUAAACCCAUAAGACGUCUCGACUCUCUUGUUUUCUCACUCACUCUGUUAUCUAAACAUCUGAAACCUGACUCAUCCUCCCACUCGUAAAAUGGCUCUCGAGGUUUGUGUCAAAGCUGCUGUCGGUGCUCCUGACGUCCUAGGCGACUGUCCAUUUAGCCAAAGGGUUCUUCUAACAUUGGAAGAGAAGAAAAUCCCUUAUCAGAUGCACCUUAUUAAUGUUAGUGACAAACCCAAAUGGUUUUUGGAGGCGAAUCCAGAAGGGAAAGUGCCAGUGAUUAAGUUGGAUUGCAAGUGGAUUGCUGACUCUGAUGUUAUUGUUGGUCUUCUUGAGGAGAAAUUUCCUGAUCCUUCUCUUGCUUCUAACCCUGAAUUUGCUUCUGUGGGGUCAAAGAUCUUUUCAACUUUUGGGACAUUCUUGAAGAGCAAGGAUGCGUGCGAUGGGUCUGAGCAGGCUCUGCUUGUUGAGUUGAAGGCACUAGAUGACCAUCUCAAAUGUCAUGGGCCAUACAUUUGCGGAGAGAAAGUUACUGCUGUUGAUUUGAGCUUAGCACCAAAGCUCUACCAUCUUGUGGUAACUCUUGGCCACUUUAAAGGGUGGUCUGUUCCUGAAAAUUUGUGUUCUGUUCACAAAUACAUUAAGUUACUCUUUGCUCGUGAGUCUUUUGAGAAAACGAAAGCAGCCAAAGAAUAUGUGAUUGCUGGUUGGGCACCAAAGGUGAAUGCAUGAAUCUGUGUCAGUAGCAGUUCACUAUGAGUACCUUUCUGCUGGUGGAGGCACCUAUUAAUCUAGUAUAGGGGUUAAUGUUUGAAUAAAUUCUACUUCUGUACACAGAGUAGUUGGUGCAGGGAUAUUACUGUAAAUUCUUGUAACCAAAUCAUCAUUCCGAGUACUGUUUAUGCAUAUUUUAUGUGUUGUGGUUUUCUCA